CACAUGCGCAGCACGGGGGAAGCAGACGCCUGGUCCCGUCAGAGUAUCGCAGCGUUCCGCCCGGCUCGCCCAGCGUCUGCCUUCAGGCAACUUAACUCUGGGGGGACUCAAGGAGCAUUCGGCGUCUGGCGAGAUUGGGUGACCCUUCUACAAAUCUCCAUUUCUUGAAAACCACCUCCCACGCUGAGAUUCCAUAAUAACUUCUGAAUAAGGCUUUUGUGAUAUCCAUGGCUUCCACCUGGGAGAAGAUAAGAGAUUUUUAUGACUGGGCUGUAGAAAAUGGAGAUAAGAGGACUGACCCUUGGUUUCUGGUUUAUUCACCCAUUCCUGUUUUUGUGACCUUCAUUAUCUACCUUCUAAUCUGCAAGUAUGGACCAAAGUACAUGCUGAAUCGAGAACCAUUCAAUCUGAAAUAUGUUCUCAUCGUUUACAAUUUUGCUCUUGUCGCGAUUUCAGCUUACAUUUUCUGGGAGUUUCUAGUGACAUCCAUUCGUGCAAACUACAGCUAUCUUUGUGAACCUGUGGAUUACAGCAACAGUGAACUUGGAUUACGGAUGGCAAAAGUGUGCUGGUGGUUUUUCUUCUCCAAAGUCAUUGAAUUGAUGGAUACAGUAUUUUUUAUUCUGAGGAAAAAGCACAAUCAAGUUACAUUUCUUCACAUCUACCACCACGGCACGAUGAUUUUCAAUUGGUGGGCAGGAGUGAAAUACGUACCAGGGGGACAGUCCUUCUUCAUCGGCUUGUUGAACUCCUUUGUACACAUUGUGAUGUACCUGUACUAUGGAAUUGCUGCUAUGGGGCCACACAUGCGCAAGUACCUGUGGUGGAAGCGCUAUCUCACAAUGCUUCAGCUGCUCCAGUUUUAUGGUAUCGCCGUGCACACUGCCUAUAAUCUCUUCACAGACUGCGAUUUCCCAGAUGGGUUUAACCUUUUCGUCUUCAUCUACAUCAUCACUAUUAUUAUUUUGUUCACCAACUUUUAUUAUAAAACCUACAUCCAGACAAAGACAAAAAUACGAUAAAUCCUGCAGACUACCUUAUAAUUCCCUGAACUAUCUGUUUAAAAAAAUCCUUCUGUUAAUUACAAAUGUUUAAUUUUUAUCAGUGCGGGUGGUGUGGUAGAAAAAAUUUUGUAUUUUCUUAUACAUCCUUUAUCUUUGCUGAAAAUGGUCUUGUUGUUUAUUUGCUGCUCCCAUCCCUGCAAUCAAAGAUAUUUGUCUAUUAUCUGGAUUUCCAUUUUGCAAACUCACACACCUUAUCGUUGGUAAGCAUGUUAUUUUUUUAAAACCUAUGAUUCAAACAAGUUUUUUUUUAAGAGAGCUGAAUGGAAUUGGUGUUGCUGUAUUGAGGCUCCCAGUUCCAUGGAAUCUGCUCUCUGCGUGGUCCAUGGUGACUUUCCUGUACCAGGGACUGUUUUGCAGAUGUCUCUGUAUAAGCAUUUAACUUGCUGCCUCUUUGCAGGUAGUUGCACUGAAAAUGGCUCUGGUAAUCCUUCUUAAAGCUAAAUGAGGCAUUUCAUUUGGCCAACACUGAAUAAUUAGAGUUCUGCUACAGCUGCCAGGUGAUGUAUUGAGUGAAUUGCACUUCAACACUUUAAUGCAAAUCUAUAAUUUCUGCUGGUAUUCAUGUUACUCAUGCUAAAUUUCAUUAGUCUAUUCAACUAGUGAGCACCCAUCAACAGGAAACAUCUUUGCUGUUCCUUCUCCAAAUGCAUGUGUUAUAGAUGCAAUUAUAAUGAAGUUUGGGUAUUGAUGAACUGCCUGUGCAACUCCUUUCUUUUUAUUCAUUGUCUUGUAAUGUAGAAUUCUCCUCUGAUAUAGUUUGAGGAAGCAAAUAACAGCACAAAAGCAGGUUAAUGCUGCAACAAAUGAUUUUAUUAUUUAUAUUAUGGCUAAACCUUUCACAAUUAUUUGUGGCCAAGUUAAAAGACCAUCAGAAGCUGUGUGGCUGACCACUGCAACUGAAGAUUUUGCCAUUUGAAUGGUCUUCUAAUACAGAGCAAAUGUGCCUUUUCAAUGCAGAAGAAUUUUUAUAAUUUCACCAAAAAAAACUGCCACAAUCAAAAGUGGGUCUAUUUUCCUAUUUCUCUGUACCUUGCUAGAAAGGAAUUUUUUGUAUAAGAGGGAAAGUGGUGUUUUAGGAAAAUACGGCUGUCUUUAAUGAUCAUUUGUUAUAAUUUUCAAGUAAGCUAACAUAGAUGGUCAGUACAUAAUACAUGAAUAUUGAAUAUGAUGAAUUCUAAUUUAUGUGGGGAUAAGCUUUCAGCCUGUAUUGGGCUAAAGCACACAUGCCUUUUGCACUGAGUUGCUUUUGUAACAAUACUUUCAAAAAUGAUCUUAUUGCAUACGUUUUUGAGAAGGAAUAACCCUGAAAUGAUUUUUUGCUUUUGAAUUUCAGUCGUGGAUGAAUAUUAAAGUACCUACAGACUUUUAAGUACAGUGCUGCUACUUGGUUGAAGAUCCUGUAGAAAAUUACUUUUGGUUUUCUUGACUGAGAUUGGCAUUUGUGGUCCAGUAAUAUUCCAUUCUUAAUAGUGUUAUUAAGCAAAAAAGAAGUGAUUUGCUGCCCACAUGUGCAGGUGACCGUGGAACCUUUUGUGCUCUGUGGUAAAGAUGAUGCUGUGAAAAUUCAUUCUACAGCUGAUGAGCUAUCCCAUAAAACUGAGUGAAACUUAUUUCCAGUUGAGUUCCUGCUCCUAAAGUAAAAAUGUGUUCUAUCUCUUUGUGAUUCAUCUCCACUGAACAUUGUGUUCUUAACUUUGAAAGUGUCAAUAAUGGAAUAGUUUGCCUCGGGCCCUUGAGUAUACACAAGAUCAGUGCAAGAAUGGAAGUUUUGUGCAAACAACCUCUUGCUUAUCUGACUGCACCUUUAGCUUUGCGAUUAUUGGUGUGCUUUCUAACUGGUUAAGUAUUAUCCCUAAAUUUAUUAUUUUUUGUUACCUUUGACAAUAUUUUCAGCAUUGUUGUUUUUCUUGGCUCCAAGUCAAGCCUCAAAUUCUGCUCUCACUAAGAUCCCAGUUUUUGUUUUCUGUUAUUAGGCUGGGACCUUUUCCUACUACUGUCCGUUGCUUUAUCAGCACCUGGCUUCUGCUUUUCAGAGUGCUUAAAUGGCUUGAUAUCUUUUCUGUUGUGCCUUGUUCUGCACAUCCAGAGUUCUGUUGCUGCUUUAGCAAGUCUCUUCAAGUCAUGGACCUUUGAAAUUGGUAGAAGAAUUAGACUGGAGGGUUUUUUUUUCCAUCCUGCCUAAAAUGGUGAAAGUGGGAGAAAACGUCACUUCAUUUAGGAAGUACUUUGCCCUUGAAGAGCCAUGAAUUACAGGACUGGAAGGGGGAAAUAUGUAGGGUGUUUUUUUUGACUGACACGAACAUAAUAAAAUAAGUACUGUAAGAUCAGACAAAAGGAUAGAAUCCCACUUUCUGCUUUCUCGCCUGGCCUUAUCAAUUUAUUUUGCUAUUUACUUCCACCAAUUGAAGUUGAAAACUAUGUCUUCAGUGCUUUCAUUAUCUUCUAAUUCCUGCAUUAUGUUUACCUGUCCUCAGGAGGAAAUCAAUGUAAGUACCAAGUAAGAAUGAAGUUGAGAUGGACUCGGUCACUUGUCUCUUCCCAAUUGUUAAAUGCCUCCUAAAGACAUUCAGUUGACAAUCAUAUGCAAGUAGGGUGAAAUGUGAGAAGACAGUUGAUAGUUAUUUCUCCCAAAAGAAAGGAAAUAUCAAAAAUUCAUUGAAACGGUCUUAAGUUUUCCUUAAAUAGGCCUCUCCUCACCUUUGUCUGAAUGUGUGUUAAUGUACAGCAAAGAUUGAGGAGCUUGCAUGUGUUGUGAGGCCACAUCUUAUCUUGAGGACUGUUAGAGUAUGAGUGUGUUUCAAGGAGAUAUUUAGGCUACUAGAUUCAAAGCUAAAUUUUGUGACCUCAUUGUUUAGUUUGUUUUUUGCCAUACAAUGUGCUAAUGAAGGAUUUUCCACAAGCCCUGAAAUUGUUCUGCAUCAGUUUUAAGCAUAAUACUUUUAAUUAUUGUACUGUCUUAGUAAUAUAAGCAAGCAUUUGCAAGUUUAUUUCAUGGAAUUUAAAGUAAUUGGUAAAAAAGAGAUUAGGAAAAUAUUUUUCAUUCUGAGAGUGGUAGUGAUCUUGAACUAAUUUCCUGAAAGCGUGGUAGGGGUAUAAACCCGGAUUACAUACAAAGGUCACUGGAGCACCUAUUUGGUCCACUGCAAUACGUUACAUGGCUCUUCAAGUGGUAAAAGAUGAGAUUAAAUUGAGGAGCUCAUUUUUCCAACAGGCAGAGAUCUCAUUCUAUGCUGUAAUUUUUUUUUUUGAUUUUGUGUUCAUUUACUGGACCUUACUUUCAGAAAUCUCUGUUAGUAGGAAUAAGCUGAAAAAGCACAAAAUCCUACAACAUACUGUGGGUACCAAGUUCAAAGAUGAAGACUACUAUUACAAUGAAGGAGCUAAUAACUUUAUAGUUUUUAAACAGAUUUUUGUUAAAAAUAUGGAGAGAGCAGUAUGCCUGCCAAAAAUUUUAAACCUAUCUUGUAAAGUUGACUGACCUUGUCACCAUUUGCAAUAUUUUUUGAUCUGUUUAGAAGUCUAGCGAUUCAAUUUUAUAUCGAUACGCUGGGUAGAAAAUGUUUUGUAAGUUAACUCUCUAAAGUGAUAGAAAGUGCUUUUAUCUAGCAGAUAUGUAGUGGAAAAUAAGUGUCCUAUUUUUUGUUGCACAUUUAGUGAUGCACUUACAGCACUGAUGCACAGUGGGAUGCCUUCUGAAUGAAUUAGGGCCUUAUAAUCCCAAAAAAGGAGCCUGGUCACGUUUAUCAGCACUGUAAUGUCUUUAUAAUUAACCAGAUUUCUGGUUGAAUUGUCAUUUGGUUUUCCUCUUUACUGCAAUCUGCCUUUUCCCCCCAUCUCUCUCCCCCAAAAAAACACAAGCAGAAUAAUCCGUCCUCCUGCACUGCACAGUCUUGAGAGCUGACUUGCUACUGCUGAUGCUCCUGAGGCGUCAUGCUGCUUAAUAGAUUAUUAUGUCUGUGCACCACCUUACUGCGUUUUUAAGGUCAUCCCUGAUGAAGGACGUUUUAGAUAUUUGGCCUUGUGCAAGCUGACAAGCAUGCAUUAUCACUUUAACCAAACAUACCAUUCACCACUUGUGCUACUUAGAAAUGGUAUGCAUUAAAGUUAUUUUUGUUUACUGUAAGGGUUUCUGAAAGUCUGACGGAGAGGCAGAAGUACUUUUGAGCUCUGCUAGAAUAUGGAGCAAGGCCCGGAGUUCCAGCUGAAAUAACUAAGCUGUUGUUCUGGGGGGUACAAUAUCCAUUAUGUUAGUCUUGCUGUGUUGUGCACCAUGUGAUAGAUCAUGCAUAGAUCUGUAACGGGUCACGAAUUUGACAUGCAACAAUAGAUAAGAAAUGCCUGGAAUUUGGAAUGUUUGAGCAGCAUUGAGCUUUUUGUACCCAAGAACAACAUGUUGUAUCAUUGUUACAAAUCCUCUGGAGUAAUUUGAUGGAAAGGGUAAAAAUACAGAAACCACAGUUAAUUUUAAUAAUUUACCAAAAUGGAACAGUAUUUUAAGAUUUGUCAGUGUUACAAGUGUUUUCCAAAAACUUGUGUUGAUUAUUGCACUUGAAGAAAUUAGACCAUAAAACAUAGGAGCAGAAUUAGGCUACCUGGCCCACUGGGUCUGCUCCACCAUUCCAUCAAGGCUGAUUUAUUUUGCCCCUCAACCCCGUUCUCCUGCUAUCUCCCUGUGACCUUUGUCCUGUCUAACCAAAAACCUCUCAGCCUCCACUUUAAAUAUACUCAGUCGUCUGUGGCAAUGAAUUCCACCAUUUCACCAUCCUUAAAUAAGCAAAGUAGAUAGUUUUCAAAAUAUCGAUCAUGUUAAUGCUGCAUGACUAAUAGCAAAUGCGUAAAGGUGUCAGUGACUUAAGAUUAAUCAAAGAAAUUAAUUUUUGAUUUUUUUCCCCCCAAGUUUGCCUUCAUGUGGUUUCAAGUAAUAUAGACAUAUCUUUGCUAAAAGUCCGUGGCCUGUCUCAUUGUUACUCUGUACUGCCAACACUGCCCCCUCCCAAGGCUUGGUGGUAUGAGUGAAAAAAGAAUUUAACUAAGAAUUAUUACUUGUCCCUCUCGUCCUUCUGUUAUUUGGAUAUCUUGAAUGCAUUCUUAUUCUAUAUGACUUUUAAAAUACACAGAGACUAAUGUUACUCAUUCAGUGAAAGCAUAAGUAUGGGUUAAAUUAAAACUGUCUUUUAUGUAUGGCAUACUGCUCACUAAUAUUUUGCAGCCAUUUUGUUCAAUGACUUGUUUCCAAGAUUUUCAGUAAAAGCUAACAAUUCAAUCAUUUUUAGUUCUGUGAUGCUUGUGUGUGAUUUGGUAUGAUGCCUUUUUAUCCGCUGUGCUCAGUUAAUAAAGCUCUAAUUCACAAAGAUGUGGGUUCAAAUUCCAUUCCACAAACUCGUACACAAAAAUGUAAACUGGCAGUCAAGCUAAGGAAGUGCUGUCUUAUUAGCAUUACUAUUUUUUUAAUCGGAAGCCCUGUAAGCGCUCUCGGCUGGACUGAAAAAAUCCGCUGACUCUAUUAGUCAAUCAUUUGUAACUUAAUAUAACACUUUUUAAAAAAUAUAUUAAUUUUUCCAUUGCUGUUUGUGGGAUGUUGCUGCAAAUCAUCUGCCCACAUCAAACCUGACUACAUACAAUUCAGAAAGUACUUAAGGUAUAAAGUAUUGAAGACAUUGUGUAGUUGAAAUGCAGUGUCUAAAUGUGGUUUUAUUUUCUAAUUCUUUACAUCUAUCUUGUGUUCCAGCUCUAUUACAUAAACAAUUUCUGCUAAAGAUGAUAACAGCACGACUCAGUGGUCAUCCUGUGUGAUGUAACAAUGGGAUACCGCAGUUAUUUUACUAACACAAUUUACUGCAUGAAUUAUAAUUGAGGAAAAAAAACAAGGAACUGGAAAUGUGAAAUAAAAUCAUGCUGGAAAUUCGUUCUAUACAA